AACAGCAUGUUGAGUAAAACAACAAAUUCCCUUCAAAUCAAUACAAUGUAAAGCGAAUAAUGGUCAUUAAAUCGUAUUGGGUUCAAUUUUCUUGUUUAUUGGUGCUCGUGUGUGCUCAUCCUAAAGAAUAUGAAGAGGAAUGCAGCCCGACAUGCGUUGGCGAUGGAUAUGUGUGCAUUCAUGGACAGUGUUAUUGCAGCGACGGAUAUUUGCCAAAUCCAUUACAAAGAGCCUGCUUAAAAUGUCCAGGCUUAGGAGAUAAAUGUCACGGUAUGUGCUGCAGCCAUGCAGAAAGUGAAAGCUUACAUUGUUGGCAGGGGGUUUGUCAACCCUGUUACAAUUCAUUUAAUGAAUGGAUUUGCAGAGAUACUUUCGACCAAAUGCUUGUAGUUUCAACUACACAGAUUAUCAUGGGAACUACUCUUAUCCUUGGAAUUGUUGCAACAUUCGUAUUACUCUUUAAACUGUGCAUGGCAACGGAAAUAAGACCAAUGGGUAGAAGUUCUCCUUACGAUAGCCGUUUAUCUAUAGGAAGUUUACAAAUAUAUGUAGAGGAAAGAUUAAGAGAUGCUCCACCGAGAUAUUCCACAUCACCGCCUGAUAGCACACCACAUCCAGGAAUUCAUUAUGUUAGUGAUAAUUUUACACAUGAUCAUGGCGUGCCACCUCCACCGUAUACACCAGAAAAUAAAAAUGAAGAUAAUCAGAUUGCCACCACUGGUGCCGCGGUCCACAUCUGAAUGUAUCGAUACAUACAUAGAAUAGAUUCUCUGUUCUGUGUAUAAAUAAUGUUAAUAAUAAUGCCUGUGAUA